CUCAAAAUUUCCAUUUUAAACAUUUUCCCUUAUUAGAAAGAAGAACCUCCGCCAAGAUGAAGUACUAUCCCGAUGGGGAGGCCUGGUUCUACGUGGACAGACCCAGCUGCAUGACCAGCUACCAGAAGUACCCCAAGUGGCACAGCUGGAAGCUGCAGCAGCGAAGCAUCAACCGCGUGAUGCAUUACUGGCGCGACACGGACGGCGUCAAGAUGGCGGAGGUUAAGCGGGCGGACCUGUACUUCACGAACUGGCCCAAGAGCCGCAUCCGGCCGCAGGCCUGCCUGGGGAUGCUCUAUGCCACCGGUUUCCGGUUCAUCCGCCUGAGCAAGGCACCGCCGGCGGGCUUCAAGUGUGCCCCGCUGCCCAUCAACCUGGCCGCCGCUCGGAUAGUCAAGGUGAACCUGGCCAAGAAGCGCAAGGCUGAUAAGAAGGCCGCCAAGAAGGCCAAGGCGGAGGCAAAGAAGGCCAAGAAGGAGGCGAAGUUGGCUAACAAGGGCAAGAAGGGCAAGCCGGGUGAACUUAAACCGAAGGUCAUCAAAACCUAUGAAAAUGUUGAUAAAUAAAAAAUAAAAAUUUCCCGUU